AUGCUGGCAUUAUAUGUCCUGCCUCUUGUCGCUGUGCUUUGCUUAGUCGUGCGCACUCUGCGGGUGCAUCGCAGCGGAGUGCCCGGCCCGUGGUAUACGAAGCUGACCAGUGUGGUGUUGAAAGGGCAUGAAUUCGCUGGCCACCGUCGCCUCUGGAUCCAUGAAUUGCACGAGGUCUACGGCCCGGUAGUUCGUUUGGCCCCGAACGAGAUUUCUUUUGCCAACCUAGACGGCGUCAAGGAGAUUUACCAAAGUGGCGGGAGUGGCUAUGAUAAGACGGAAUUCUACGAUCUUUUCCAACAGUAUAGCCAUCGAACCAUGUUCUCAACCCUGAAUAAGCACGAUCAUUCUCAGCGGCGCAGACUAUUUGCCGAUCGCUACGCCAUGACCAACAUCCUGAGCUCCCCCGUGGUGGAUGGGAUUCGACAGCGUGCAGCGAAUGUCGUCGGAAAAUGUCGAGCGUCAAUGGGCGGUCACCUGGAUGUCUACACAACGCUGCAUUGCUACGCACUAGACUGCGCUUCCCACUUUCUAUUCAAUCCCAGGGGUACCAACACGCUGGAUGACCCCGAAGACUACGUCUUGAUGGAAGAACUCUCUUAUCAUGACAGCCUGAAACAGAGAAUUAUUCAACGAUACUGGCCUGGACUUAAUAAGAUUCUCACCUUCUAUCAUCCCAGGAAGAUGCUUCUGUCGCAGGAAUUCGUGCUUGACCGGGCAUGCAACUCCCAAUCGCAUGACUCCUCACUCCUGGCAAAACUACGGAGCAAAUCUGCGGGCCUAACUCGCAUUCAAAUGGCCGCAGAAUGCAUGGACCACAUGGCUGCCGGCAUCGAGACCACCGGCGACAGUCUCUGUUUCUUGAUGCAUGAACUGUCGCUACCUCGCUCACAGCAUGUCCAGCAGCUGCUUCGCGAGGAGUCUCUUCAAAAUCCCGAUGCCAAAGUCGACGAGUUACCGUAUUUGGAUGCCGUGGUGAAAGAGGGACUCAGGCUAUUUGCUCCUAUCCCGAUGAGUCUUCCCCGAUACGUGCCUGAGAGCGGUAGAGCAAUUGGAGGAUAUUCACUUCCCGCGGGCUCGAUUGUCAGCUGUCAGGCGUACUCUCUGCACCGACUCAACCACGAUGUCUAUCCGCGCCCGGAAAAGUUUCUCCCCGAGAGAUGGCUGGAGGCACAAGGCGAAUUGGAGCGAAAUCGAUUAUUCUUUGCGUUUGCCGCUGGCGGUCGAGGCUGUAUUGGCAGGAAUCUCGCCGUGGUGGAAAUGAAGACACUGUUGCGCGAAAUCUACAGCAAAUUCACCACCACAGUUUCGUCGGAGAUGAAGGGCGAUAUGUCAAUCGAUGAUCAGAUAAUUGCCUCACGUCCAAAGGAUCAGACCUGUCUGCUUGUUUUCCGUGAAGUAGCAGCUUCAGCUGAAAGCCAACAUCUCCUUUGA